ACGGUUUAGUAGAGAGAACGAGAUACGAGAGAUCGGAGCGAACUGGUGUGCCCGCAUCAGAAACAACCUGCUACCUAGCUAGUGAACCGAUAGAAUUCUCCAAUCGCAGCAGCAACAGAUAAAAAGUGACAGUCAAUCGACUAAAACAACAACAGUCUUUUCACUGUGAAAAGAAAGAAGAUUUGUGAUUUGUUGUCUUCCUUUUAAUUUUUGAGAAUAAAGGUGAAAGUUAUUGGAAGCGAUCGAGCAGAAGUGUGAAUUGUAUCGAGAAUUACGUGGACAAGUGGCCGCUAUCUGGUUGUGAGUGGAAAUAGUCUGAUUCCGAACAGGUGAAGAGGAGCAGUGCAAUAUCUGGAACAUUCGUGCUAGUGCCAACUCACUGCGGAACGGUGCAACGAUGAAGGCGACCUAUGUUUUAUUGGUUGGGGCUUUGCUUGCGAGUGGCUACGCAUAUCCAGCCAGCAAAGAAAGCAAGAAUAGCCCCGCAGACGAUGCAGAGUUCAUCGUAGUCCCGUUGGAGCAUCAGAGACCAUCCUACUUCAACCGAUAUCCGAGCAACUUUGACGCAUUCGAUGGUGUGGUCGAUACCGACGAUUUCCCACAUCCGGGCCAAAGUCCGGUAUUCUUCCCAUCGAUUAACCCGUUCACGUGGCAGUUCUCGUCUUACCUAGACGAUCUGAUGAGACGACUUCGUGAUCGCUUUGCCGGCUCGUGGAAUCCAUUCUACGGUACAAGCGACUUUGCCCCGUCUGGACCGGGACUUUGGCCUAUCGAUAUUCCGGAUGAUUCUUCCGAAGGUGGACAGACUAAUACGACUUCCACUGUUAAAGUCAUUGAUGGCCACAAAGUCGUAAUCAACGAUACGUACUACACCAAGAAGACCGACUUUGGAACUUCCAUUUUCAAGGUUCGUGUAAUCGAUGUCAAACCCGUGGACGAGGAGGGUGCCGAUAAGCCUGCUGCUACUGAUAGCCCGGUGGAAACCGGAAACCGCGCUGGCACUGAUGAUGAGCCGAAAAAACCAUCCAGUGAAGAUGCCGAUGAUGAGAAAAAACCGGCCACCGAGGCUCCCAAACGGGACACCGAGCUAGAGUCGAGUGAUGAGGAUACGACUCCGGCCGACGAUAGUUUGAAUACCAUUAACAACGACAUCGACAGCGCCAAAAAGGAUGAGGUAAAUACUGAAGCUUCAGCGGAAAAAGAACCUACUACUGCUGCUCCUGCUGAAGAAUAAUCUACUGUUGCCUCUCUGUUUCUCUUUCGAGGAAAAUUUGGGUUCUAUCAGAAGUCCUAUCCUCCCAGAAUUGGAUUCUACUAAAACUCUUAUCCUCUUCAGUAUAGUCGUUCUCUCGAAUUAACAUUCCAACCUAACAGCACGAAGUUUAAACUUUUCCUCUUACACGGAACAGACCAGCAAAAAAUCAACUAUCGUUACCAAAAAAGCAUGCUCUACAUCCAUCCUAGCAUCUUUCGAAACUUUCUGUGAUUCUGUCCGCCGGAUCAUCCGGCGAGGCGCUAUAUUUCCUGCUCUGAUUUUCCACUGUGCAGUAAUGGCCGUGUAAAUACGAUCUAUUGUUAAUCGCCUCAUUUCAUUCCUCAAGCCCAAAAAGCUCGCAAACUGAUGGACAAUUAUGUACAACGGUAGCCCGUGUCAAAGAGGCCAGUAAAAAACCGGAUUCAUCCGACCAUCAUCUAUGAAAAAAAACUUUUCGAUGCUUCAUCACAACUGAUGGCUAGUGAUUUAAGAACUAUACAAACAAACAAGCAAACAAAAAAACUGAAUUGAAAAAUGAGAUGAAUGCAUUGAAUCUUCCACGGAAGGUAGAAGGAAAUAUGAUUGUAAACCGUCUUCGCUCAUGUGGCAAAUUUGUUCCGUCGGUUAGGACAGUAACGAGUGUGAUGACUAUUUUCAACAGAUAAUAUCUUUUUAUGUAAAUAAACGAUACUGUUACAGAAAUUAA